AUGGCUGUUAAGCGCCCCUUCUACAUCAUUACCCGUUCAGGAGUCGAUGACACACACAAGUUCCUCGGAAAUGAAACUCACACGGACUACUUCAGACUGUUGCUGAGAGACGGAAACUAUUUGUUGGUUGGCAGCAGAAAUGUGGUGUAUAACCUCAGUCUCACAGACCUGACAGAACAGCGGCGGCUGGUGUGGUACUCGCCGGCCAGCGACGUCCAGAUGUGCGUCGUCAAAGGGAAAGAUGAGGAGAGCUGCGAAAACUACAUCCGCGUGCUGGUCUCUCUCGGCCCCGGUCGGCUGCUGGUCUGCGGCACCAACAGCUUCAAGCCCUUCUGCAGGGAGUAUAGCGUGCAGCGCGACUCCUACCACAUGGAGAGGGAGAAGUCCGGCCAAGCGGUCUGCCCCUACGACCCGGAGCACAACUCGACUGCGGUUUACGCGGAUGGUGAACUGUAUUCGGGUACGGUGGCCGAUUUCAGUGGCAUGGAGCCAAUCAUCUACAGAGAGCCACUGCAGACUGAACCCUAUGAUUCUAUGACGCUGAACGCUCCGGACUUCGUGAAUUCCUUAGUGCACGGGAACUUUGUGUACUUCUUCUUUCGGGAAACGGCGGUGGAAUAUAUCAAUUGCGGAAAGGCUGUCUUCUCCAGAGUGGCCAGGGUGUGUCGUGACGAUCGCGGCGGCCCGCACCGCUUCAAGCAACGAUGGACCUCCUUCCUCAAGUCGCGCCUCAACUGCUCUGUGGCCGGCGAUUUUCCCUUUUACUUCAACGAAAUACAAUCGACCACCGAGCUGAUAGAGGGCGUGUACGGUGGUCUCAACGCCCAGCUCAUAUACGGAACCUUCACGACGCCCCCGAACAGCAUAUCGGGGAGCGCCGUGUGCGCUUUCAGCAUGCAGGACAUCGCUGACACAUUCGAAGGCACCUUCAAGGAACAGAGCGAAAUCAACUCCAACUGGCUGCCCGUUAAUAGCGCUAAGGUGCCGGAGCCUCGUCCAGGCACGUGCCACAACGACUCCAGGCUGCUGCCGGACCAAACGCUCAACUUCAUAAAAACGCACGCGCUCAUGGACGAGUCCGUGCCCACGUUCUUCGGCGAGCCAAUCGUGAUAAGGACGAGUUUCCACUACCGUUUUACACAAAUAGCCGUGGACCCCCAAGUCAAAACGCCCGGAGGGAAAGCUUACGAUGUUUUAUUCAUCGGCACCGACAACGGCAAGAUCAUCAAGGCGAUAAACGCCGUGUCAUACGACUCGAACAAGCGGGCGGUGCCCGUGGUGAUAGAGGAGCUGCAGGCGUUCUCGGCCGGCUCGCCGGUGCGCGCGCUUAGGGUGGCGCGCGCGGGCAGGGACGCGGCGAGGCUCAUCGCCGUCUCAGACAGGGAGGUGCUCAGCCUGAGGCUGCACCGGUGCUCCAGCGACAAGAUCAGCUCGUGCUCUGAAUGCGUAGCGCUCCAAGACCCGUACUGCGCGUGGGACAAGCAGGCCGGUCGGUGCCGCGCCUACUCGCACGGCGUCAGCCGAUGGCUGGACGAGAACUCCUUCUACCAGAGCGUCAGCACCGGCAGCCACGCGGCCUGCCCCCACAGUAAAGACGCUGGUGCAGUUGGCGGUCUCAGUUCCGGACUCUAUGAUGAUGCGCGCGGUGAAAAUAAGGGCGAAGUCAUAAACAUCGUUCAGGAAAAAGACGGCAAAGGAAGCAAUAACAACAAUGAAGGACCAGAAGUGUUGGCCGCUGACCCCCCGCCGGCGGCGUACUCAGUAGAGACGCUGGCUUUGGCCGUGGCGGCGGGGGCUCUGGCCGCGCUGGGCGCCGGCUUCGCAGCGGGCUACGUCUGCGGCAGACGCUGCAAGAAGGACGAGGACGACAACAUGCCGUACCCCGACACAGAAUACGAAUACUUCGAGCAGAGGCAGAACAUCAACAGGAUUCAGGCAGAGCCAAAACUGCUCCAGCAAGUUGAAGAGGUGACCUACGCGGAACCGGUGCUAGCGCCGCAGCCGAAGCCCGCAUCGCCCAGGGCCACCCUCCGCAAACACCCACCGUACCACCCCCACCACGAGACCCUGUUCCAGUUCCAGCCGGACGCCUACCGGCGCGACAACUUCGGAACACUCCGCUCCCACCAGGUCAAUGGCGACGGCUACCGGCGCGGCAACGACAACGGCUUCUCGACCACGCGCUCAGUGAAGAAGGUGUACCUC